CUCCCUGGUCGCGGGCCGGCCCCGCAGUGCUCUGGGACCCGGCGAGCCUUCGGGGCGCGCGUCGCUGCUGGUGGUUGGGGCUCUAGGGAUAAUAAAUGAUAGAGGAUACAAUGACUUUGCUGUCUCUGCUGGGUCGCAUCAUGCGCUACUUCUUGCUGAGACCCGAGACGCUCUUCCUGCUGUGCAUCAGCUUGGCGCUGUGGAGUUACUUCUUCCACACGGACGAGGUGAAGACCAUUGUCAAGUCCAGCCGGGACGCCGUGAAGAUGGUGAAGGGCAAGGUGGCGGAGAUCAUGCAGAACGACCGACUCGGGGGGCUCGACGUGCUGGAGGCCGAGUUCUCCAAGACCUGGGAGUUCAAGAGCCACAAUGUGGCGGUGUACUCCAUUCAGGGCCGCAGAGACCACAUGGAGGACCGCUUCGAAGUUCUGACGGAUCUGGCCAACAAGACGCACCCGUCCAUCUUCGGGAUCUUCGAUGGGCACGGCGGUGAGACUGCAGCUGAAUAUGUAAAAUCUCGACUCCCAGAGGCCCUUAAACAGCAUCUUCAGGACUAUGAGAAAGACAAAGAAAACAGUGUGCUGUCUUACCAGACCAUCCUUGAGCAGCAGAUUCUCUCGAUUGACCGGGAAAUGCUAGAAAAACUGACUAUAUCCUAUGAUGAAGCAGGCACAACAUGUUUGAUUGCUCUACUGUCAGAUAAAGACCUCACUGUGGCCAAUGUGGGUGACUCACGUGGUGUCCUCUGUGACAAAGAUGGGAACGCCAUUCCUUUGUCUCAUGAUCACAAGCCUUACCAACUGAAGGAAAGAAAGAGGAUAAAGAGAGCUGGUGGUUUCAUCAGUUUCAAUGGCUCCUGGAGGGUCCAGGGAAUUCUGGCCAUGUCUCGGUCCCUAGGAGAUUAUCCACUGAAAAAUCUCAACGUGGUCAUCCCAGACCCAGAUAUCCUGACCUUUGACCUGGACAAGCUCCAGCCUGAGUUCAUGAUCUUGGCAUCAGAUGGCCUCUGGGAUGCUUUCAGCAAUGAAGAAGCAGUUCGAUUCAUCAAGGAGCGCUUGGAUGAACCUCACUUUGGGGCCAAGAGCAUAGUUUUACAGUCAUUUUACAGGGGCUGUCCUGACAAUAUAACAGUCAUGGUGGUGAAGUUCAGGAAUAGCAACAAAAUAGAAGAGCAGUGAACCCUUCAGGGGUCUCAGCUGCCUUUGACUAAAGGACUACAACACACUGGUCUCUUUUAAUGUAGUAAAGGUGUGGGAGUUGUAAUUAGGAUCAUCUAUCCCAGACACGGAAUCCCCCCCUCCAUGGUGGCCAUUGGUUUCUAUUCAGUGAAGAGAGGGUGCUCUUAGCCAAUGUAGUUGAGAGGCUGGAAAAUGUUUUCGCCACAUUUUCCUAAGUCUUUCAUUCAAUGUCCAAAAUAUAGAAAUAGAUAGCUGUAAAUUCACAUGUGUGAGGUGAGUGGCAAAUGUACCAUGUGUUCUCCCUUUUCAGAUUCUUUCAAGAUCCUUUUCAGGGUCCUCCAGGUAUCAGCCUUUGUGUCUCCCCUUGGAAAAGUGGGCAGGGCAGGCCGCCCCGGAAGCAGGAGGCAAGCCACUGCUUCACCCGUGAGUCCGGGGCUGACGUGGCAGUGCCCUCUGCUGAGAGGCGGAGCUGUCCUCCAGUGUAGGUUUUGUGCUCAGCAGCAGCCUGCGUAUACAUUUGGAAUGGUUCGCUAUUCAGUGGCCGAUCUUGGAGACAGAAGGCAGGAUGGGAGAUCCAUGGCAGCCACCUGCACAGCAGAGACAAUCCUUUUCCCUGGUCCCCAUUUUGAGUUACAUAGACUUUGUAUAACACCUGACCUGCCAUUGUGCUUUAUCCUGAUUGUGCAUGACCUUAACCUUACCGUAUGUAAUAGGCAGCUGUUAAUGUCACCACCAAAACACUACAAUUUUUCAUCUUAUGUUACCAAGAAACCAUAUCAGGGGAAAUAAAAAAAAGCAAAUCGCAAUGCCCAUCUCUAAGGACAGACAGAGGAAAAUAAUGCUGAAGCCACAGCUCCCCUGGGAAGUCAGCUGUUCACAGUGGGAGAGAAAGGUAGGAUCUGGGGAGGUUACUACCCAGAACUGAGCUCCAGCUGCCAGUUUAUGCGCAAUCUUUCCUCCGCCCCUAUCUUAGUAGCUUUCAAAGUAUCUUUCAAGCAGUGUUCUGAGAAACAGCAGCCCGGAACUGCAUGUGUGUUUCCUGAAGCCUCGUACAGAGUUCCUAGCCACCACAAUUUGGAAUUUGUUGGUAAACUAGUGAGACACUGCCCCUUGACAAUGGAAAAACAACAGCCUUUUAACAUUUGGUUGCAAAUCUCCGUCUACACUGGGUAGCGUUCCUCAGAUGCACGUGAAUCGCCCCACACAGCCUGCAUGGGAGGCAGCAAAGGGACACCAAGGGACCUGUGUGCAGUGACGACAAAGCUGGUUGGGAAUGCAAGCAUGAACCUGGCUUGCUGCUCUGCUUCACCAUCACCAAAGUCACAUUUUCUAACUUCGGUAUUUUAUAAAUUAAUUUAUAAGACAAUGCUGGGUUAUCAUCUUUGCCUGGCUGAAGUGGCCCAACAGUCAAGCAAGAUUUUCGUUGCAUUCCUACCCAUCUUGUGUGGUUUUGUUCUUUCUGAGUGGACAUUUGUUGUUACAGCUACUUGCAGGCCCCAUCCACUGGCCAUCUCCCAGCAGCCAUGCCCCACCCUCUGCCUGCCAUCUGCUGUGGAACUUUCCUGAAGCAUUGCCAGGAGGGAACUCAGAACUCAGGAGAAUGAAAGGAUUGUCUGUGGCUGCCAAGGAGUGCCAUCCAUCUUGAUUCAUCCAAGCACUCACCUUUGACUACUCUGAGAAUUAAUGAUUUCCCAAGAGAUUUGCUUACUUUUGUGUGCUGUAUUUUCCAAGAAUAGAAUUAGAACCUUGGUUGUUUUUAGCCAUAGAAUGUUCUAGUACAAAAUAUAUGCCACCAUUUUAGAUAUAAGCAUUUGCCUAUUGAGAUGCUGAAAAUUUGGAGGUGUGUUUUUAGGGCAGGCUGGGGAGAGAGAUACAUGCAAUCAAUGCUGGGUAGCUGAGUCGCUCGAGAUUUAGGUUCUGAUGCUGCAGAUUAGCUGUACCCACUGUCUAACAGAAGUUCCAGCAUUUUACAGACCACAGCUAGCUUGCCUUUUUAUUUUUAACAUAAAAAAUGCUUCAUAAAAAAGGAAAGACAUUUUUAAAUCCCACCAUCACUUGUAUAAAAUGAAAAAAAGUUAUGUUUUGGUGAAGAUGAAAAAAAAAACUAAAUUAGAAAAUUAGUAUGUACCUAUCCUGCAGAAUUCCUUAAUGGACAGUGCUGAGUGCACAAGUUACCUAGCUUGCUCUGAGAUUCACAAAGCUUCUUGCAAGUUUGAGUUUGCAUAAUUCAUUCAUUUCUCAUUUUAAUCAGAGGGUAUACCUCCUGCUCCCUUUCUGCCUCCCCCACCACACAAUGGCUUCUAGAUUUUUAAAAGAUAUAAGUUCUAGGCAAAAAUCAUAGUCAUUUGGUGAAUAGUUAAGUCAAAAACCAGAGUGCUUUGUCCCCUUCCCCCAUAUCGUCUUGCAGCUGUCUCCUUCUGACCCCAUUCAGCUCUUGGGGUCUGCAGUCAUCACAACUGGGUUGCCCAGUGAUGCACUGGCUGCUCCCCUUCUCUAGUGGCCCAUGGAGGAGAAUUUAGCCAUUAGGGAAAUUGAUUUAGGAAGUCUGAACUUGAAGCUUCCCUAAACAGCACUGCCAAAGCUUUGGAAUUGUUGCCCGAGACUGCCUGGACUCUCUAGCUAGCCUGAGUUCAAAUUGCCAAUAGUCCCCAUGGUGCCAAAUUUUGGGAAGCUUUUACAAUGUUUUAGAAAUGAAGCUGGGAAUGAUCACUUGCUUAUGAGCCCCCAGCAAUUUGCCAAGCCCAGGUCCUCAUUUAUGCGCUGCUCCGCUACUGUUCCACUGGCAAUUUGUACUCUUCAAGUGGGUUAGGGUUGGCAGGGGAAGAAGGGCCAGGGAAAAUGUUUUUAAAAUUCAUUGUAUUUGAUAUUCUUUAAUCACAGGAAUAAACAAUACUUAGAUAGUUCCAAAGCUAGCUCUAUGAUCUGAGUUUAUUUUAUAGGACCAACUUUCCCAAGGGAAUUAACUGAGUCACUGUUCUAACACAACAUGACUAUGCACGUGUCCACAUUACUACUGGUAACCAGUGGCUAUGUUCUAUUCCUUGCUGUGGAUUGAAGGUAUUGGCCUCUUGAUUUUGUAUUUCUGAUGAGAGAAUUACACAGAGAACAUUACAGUGAAGGAGCAUAUGCAAGCUGGGCAGUUUAAAACAGGCCUUAUUUCCUACAAAUACAAUAAUUGCAAUAUUUUGUUCAGGUAACAAACAGGAUGGCAUGAAUAAUAACAUCAUAAUUUCUAUCCAAUCUGAAAUGAUUCCAAGAAAUUGAUUAUACUAUUGGAUUGGGUAACUGGGGUGUCUGGAACUAUAGAAGGGAUUCAGAAGAGGAGCCAUCACUUUUCCUUUUGUGAGACGUACCUUGAUUUUCCUGAAUUUUUCCCUGAAUUGUUGCCAGAUCUAAAUUUACAAAGGGCAACAUUUCAGUGUAUAUUUGAAAGUACUAUGUAGGAAUACAUACUUUGUAUAAAGCUUUAUUUUCCCAUAAUUUCAGAAAUUCUUUUUUCUUCCUUUUGACCCAUUAUUAGAUUGGUCUUCCCUUACUGUUGCUCUAGAAUUGCCAUAGCAUCUCACACCAGCAUUCCUGCUCUGGCUCUGGAGAACUGCUAUGGCUGUUAGAAUUCCAUGAUCGCGCCAGUUUAAUCACACCUGCAUUAUUUAAUUGACUGAUCAAUUAUUUAAUCAAUUAUUUAAUUGAUAUCAAGACUCUUGAGCUAGUUAGCUGCACACUGCAGGAAUAAAAGAAUCCAAUGUUCCUCAAAAUGUGUUCCCAAGAACACAAGUUCCAAAGAUGUUCAAAAUACUAGAUUCCAAAUGAAUUUGGGAAACACACACUUUCUUAGAAAGUUAGUAUAUUUAGGCACACUGAAGGUUGUGGGUUAAGAGUCCCGCAAGGGAGAAGGAAACAUCCACAUACACAGUUUACUAGUUCAGUGUUUUCCAGAUUAAUCUGAUCACAGAAACUUUUUCUGAGUAAUACCUAGUGACAUUCCAUGGAACUUGUGUUCCACAGAACACAAACUUUGGGAAAGUCUGGAUGUUGCAAAGUUUUCUCAUUCACCAUGACCCUUAUUAGUAGUGGCGGUACAAUUUGCAAUUUAGAGGCACUAAUCGUUUCACAGAAGAGGCUGACUUUAAUAAAAGCACUAUUAAGAAACAAUAGUAUGAUUUAAGAUGACCACCAGCAGCCUCACAUUGAUAGCAGAAGUCCAGUAAUCGUACUUGAAGCUCUCAACAUUAUCUCCCAACUUUACAUGGAUAACAAGCUAGAGUUUGCCAUAGUGAGGCAUUUCUCAAAUUCAUUCUAUGAGCUUUUAGGUGCUUUUUUUGCACUUAUUUUUGCUUUCCAGAUUGAAUCAAAACAUUUUUACAUUUUAUCAUAUGAUAGUAAAGAAUAUACAGAAAACAGGAUAAAGAAAAAAAAUACUUGGUUUUAAUUCAUUUUUCUUCAAUGAGAUUUUUAAAUUAUUUGUUAUCUAAUAAUGGAAAUGUAACCUAUUAAUAUUUACUCUUUCUUAUAUUCUCUCCAGAUUUAAUAAGUUGAAAUCAAUUAGAGUUCGUAUGUUCUAAAAUUCCUACCCUAUGACAUCUCACUUUUCACACUGAUGUUUAUAGUUAAGAGUGUUGAGUUAUUUCUUUCUUAAAAUGGCAGGCUUAUAGUUCCAAAAUAGUAACCCUUGGCCUGGGAAAUGUGUUUGGGAAACUAUGAGAGAUAGCCGCAAAAUGAUGGGUGAAAUAAAUCUAGUCGAAAUUCAAUGGUAUACAUUGAAUUUAGAGUAAAAUCAUUAAUUUAAAAUCAUAUGGAAUAUUUACACACCCCUUUGGAUGGACAUUUUAACCAAAGUAGUAAAAAACUAAAAGACUCCUUAGGCUAGAUGACAUGUUGCAAAAGGCAAGGCAGAGUCUACACUAUUAAGCUGCCAGUAGGUAUAUGUUACUAAAUGUGUUUCCUAAUGUGUACUUUUUUUUUUUUUUUUUUUGCUGAUUCUUAGUAAGGUUAAUGCUUUGUCUAUUAUUUGUUCUUUUUACCACUGUUAAACUGCAAACUGUUAAGCCAAGGGUUGACUGUGAUCAUUUUUGUGUGUUUAGUCAUAACCACACCAUCAUAUGUACAAUCACUUUAAUAAAUCCAAGUUAAGGACUUUGAGAAGUACAUAGCAACUGUUCAUUUUAACAAAUCAUCAUAAGCAGUUUUACUGUUUAAAACUCCACCAAAAUAGCAAAAAGUGUACAUUAUAUUUAGAAAAGUGUUCCAUUUACUCCCUAAGUCCCAUAUCUGACAAUACUUAACCACAAAAUUCCAACUGACAUUUGCCAAAUCCAAAUUAAGCUUGAAAACCUCCAAGAUCAGCAACCCUGUUUCGGAGCACAAGCAAAUGACUAUCAUGGUUCUGGAGGCAGAUUUUGGUGGGGGAGGAGGGAGAAGGCAAGAAAAUCUGCCUGGGUUGCUCACCACCUCUGCAGAAGAUGGACUAUCAGCCAGAUGUUCUCACCUUUUGUCAUGAGGCAAUUCAGAAGUUACAUGUCAUACUAUGCAUUAUCUCAAAUACUUCAAUAGUUCACAAUUUAAAAUAUCCCAGAUAUUAAUAUAAAAAGUAGGUUAUCAAAAUUUAAUUAUCAGACUUUUAAAUUAAGAUUGUAGAUUUUAUUCAAUAGCAAUUUCUGACAUCUGCACAUAGUUCAGUAGUAAUCAGUUGUUACGACUUUUCCCUAUUCAAAAAACUGGCCUCCCUUUAAGAAUAUUGGCUAAUGCUUUUCCUGUAUGUUAAUGAAUACAGCAUUUUUAAGAAUGUAAAUUUUUAAUAUAUUUUUUUAAUUCAUUUGAGAGUCAGAGAGAGAGGGAG